AUGUCUUUUAUUCAAAUUAAUAAACAACGAGAUAGAGGUCAAUAUCAACAAGAUCAAAAGUUACAAGAGUUACAAGAGUUACAAGAAUCACAACAACAACAACUAGAACUGUCAAGUGCCACAACUCAUCACCGAAAAUGUUCAUUAGCGAUUGAAUCUCCAACAGAAGAAAAUUUUAAUAAUCCAUUAAAUGCGUUUUUAAUAUAUAAUAAUAAACAAGAAGCUCAAAUUUCAGAGUCAGAUCCAAAUUUUGAGAAAGCAACCAGUUUUAUAAAUAAUAAUGAUAGUAAUGAUAAUGAAAUUAACGAUGUUGAGACUAAUGAGAAAAAAAUAAAAUCAAAUUCAAUGCCUAAUAUUCAUAAUUUUUUUGACAAUAAUAAUAAUAAUAAUAAUAAUAAUAAUAAUAAUAAUAAUAAUAAUAAUAAUUAUAAUUAUAAUUAUCACCAAUUUGGAGAUCGUCGAAUAUCAAUUUGUGAUUUAGAUAAUUUUAAUGAUGAGAUCAAAUAUGUUAAGCAAGGUCAGCAAUAUCAUUUACCAAUGAAAAAAUUCAAAUCAAGUAAUGAUUUACCAAGAAAUGCAAGAAGAGAUUUUUUGAAAUUUGACGAAUUUAAUUUCAAGAAUCAUCAUAGAAGAAAUUCAAUAGCUUUGAAAUUUGAAGAACCAAAAUGUAUGUAA